AUGGAAAAUUCAUCAAAACUCAGCGAGUACGAAAGUAAGCGAGCGAAAUUGGUCGCUGAUGAACAGGAGUACAGAGGGGACUAUGGUUUUGUUGAGUCUCUUUCGCCUACAGCCCAAGCCGCCAAUACGAUAGUUUCUCGCAUUCAACAAUUCAACCGGCAGGUUCUUUUUGAUCCAGUUGAGCCAACGAGUCGCUUACGUUCAGACUCUGGUUUCCCCCGCAUCAAAGAAUCCAUAGCAAGGACAGCUUUGUUAGAAAUAAUGAAAAAGUUACCAAAAGGUGCAAUUCUUCACGCCCAUGACGCUGCUUGCGUCUCGAUUGAUUUUAUCAUUGAGAAGAUGAUCGAGACUCCGGGCAUGUAUAUCAGCGCCUCAAGGCCCCUUGACGAAUGGUGGGCGAAAAGGGAGAAGAGAAUAAAGAUAAAAUUCACAUACAGUUCUUCGCAACCUCGACAGACUAGAAACUCAGUAAACAAUCUUUGGGGCCCUGAUUAUGUACCCAAUUCACUUGUUCCAGUCUCUCUUGCGGCGUCUACAUACCGUGAUUACCCUACCACUUUGAACUACGAUAAAUAUCGUAUCGCAAAUAGUAUCGAAAGACAACCUCUUCAGGGCAAGUCUUACUUUAUCACCUGGUUGAAGAUUCGAUUAACGAAGACGGAGACCCAGCGUACAUAUGUCAAUGGGAGAUUCAAUGAAGCUUGUAAUACAUUCCAGAGUGGAAGAAAGCUACUUAAUACGAUAAUUCAUAACGAGCCAAUUUUCCGACCAUUCCUCAAGCAAAUUUUUGAAGGGCUGGACGAGGACAACGCUAAGUGGAUAGAGAUUAGGAUGAUUUUCAAGGUUGAAUUUCGAUUAGAAUGGAGUGAUACACCAGCCGGAGAGCUUGAAAUGGCAAGAGUAGUUUGGGAAGAAAGAGAAAAGUUUGCAAUCGCGAUGAAAAAGAAAAAUAAAGAAUGGUGGGGACUGCGGGUUAUCUGGACAGGCUUGAGACUGUGGAAAGAUGAAGAAAUCAAAGCUGAUAUGGAUGCUUGCAUGCGUGUGAAGGAACGAUAUCCAGAUCUGAUCUCAGGAUACGAUUUAGAGGGAGAAGAAAAACUCGGUCGUACGCUCGAAGAUCUCAUACCUAUUUGCCUCUGGUUUAAGCAACAAUGCGCAAGCCGCAACUUAAACAUUCCAUUUUUCUUGCAUGCAGGAGAAUGCUUGGGUAAUGGUGAUGUAAAUGACCAUAAUCUUUAUGAUGCCAUUCUUCUAGGUACUCGACGUAUUGGUCAUGGAUAUUCACUUCCUAGACACCCGCUGCUGGAAAACAUUUGUAAAGAGCGACAAAUUAUGAUCGAGUCCUGUCCACUCUCAGACGGAAGUAUGAGAUUAACAAAUCCUGCCAAUGCUCAUACUUUUCCAAUGCUGUUGGCAAAAGGUGUAAGUGCUAGUUUGAAUUGUGACGACCCAUUUUUAUUAGGUCAAGAAAUGAUAGGUGUUUCAAUGGAAUUCUUCAUGUGCAUCUGGUCAUGGGAUAGUAUAGAUCUGGGUGGUCUGGGUCAUUUGGCACAAAACAGUGUAAGGUGGUCACAAUUUGAAGAUCAGACUGACGAAGAUUGGCAAUCGGGAAUCCGAUCAGGCGAGGAUUCAAAGAAAGGAUUAAAGGCUCUGAGAAUGCGAGAGUGGAAGAAAGACUGGGAAGAAUUUUGUGCUUGGGUUGUUGAAAGAUACGGAGAGCCUUGGGGAAAUGAAGAUGCUUUUAAGGCUACUUUGAAAGAGAGAGCGGAAUUGAUUGAGCAAGAUAUGGCGGAUGAAGAUGCGGUAGAAAAAGAACUUGAUAGAAUAGCCGCGCGGUACAAGGAAAAAGACGAGUCGCUAAGAGAAUGGAAAGAUAAAGAGAUGAAGAGAAGGAAGUUCAUUACUAAAGCGAAGGAACUGAUGGCUGAGGAAAAGCUACAAGAAAAUAUGUCUAAAGGCUUGAAGAAACCUCCCGACAGUCCUGAUAAGACUCCAAAGAUGGUAUUGAAGAAGCUACCAAAGAGUUGA